CAACAGUCUGCAUGUUCUCUCAAUCUAUCUAUAACUACUUGCAAGACCGAGAGCUCGCUAUUCAACCUUUAUCCUUUGAUUUUAUGCAGAAGUGUAAGGAUAUAACGCCUAGGAUGCGCUACAUUCUUGUUAAUUGGAUUGUUCAAGUACAUCAAAAUUACAAAAUGCAACCGGAAACUCUAUAUCUUGCCAUUGCACUCAUGGACAGAUAUCUCCAAAAUGCUGGUGUUAGCAUUUCUAAAGAUAAAUUCCAACUGGUUGGUAUAACUGCCUUAUUUAUUGCCUCGAAAUUCGAAGAGAUGUUUCCGCCUGAGAUCGAUGACUUUUCGUCUGUUACAGAAAGUACAUAUUCGAAAAAGGAAAUAAGGCAUUGUGAGCAGAUUAUCUUGCAAAGCGUUGAUUUUUUCCUGUCGAUUCCACUUCCUAUCAUGUUUUUGCGGCGUUUGUCGAGAGCUCUCGAUGCUGAUCGACAAUUGCAUAAUAUAGCCAAAUACCUACUUGAAUUGACAAUACAAGAAUACGAACUCUGUCAUCUCCCUGGAAAUUUGAAGGCAACUGUGGCCAUCUGUUUAGCUAGAGCUCUACACUUGCAUACUUGUGAUUUAGGCCAAGCAUGGCAGAAUUCGUUAAGUUUUUUGAGCGGAUAUACUUUGGAAGAGAUAACGGAACCUAUUCGUAUACUUGCUAAGGCGGCUUACAGGCAGAAUUCACCUUCAAAAUUUAGAGCUAUUUUUGACAAGUAUAGGUUGGAUGAUUUCUAUGAUCGAGUUGCGGCGCUACCCCAGCUUCGGUCGCAGAUUAUGGAAAACAUUGCCUGUCUCAAGUUCGAUGAUGAGGAUGAUAUCGAAGCAAAAGUUCGCUAG